UCAAAGGUCACAUCGACAACAUACUUAGAUCGUUAUCUCUUCAAACAUUAUCAUAAUUCACAUUUUCCCAAAACUACAACCAUGUCAGCAGGUUUACUAAAGAGAUUAAAAGAUGGCGACAAUGUUAUAUGCGCUGAGGGUUAUAUGUGGGAACUGGAAAGACGGGGCUACUUAAGAUCCGGUGUUUUUACACCAGAAAUAAUACUUGACCAGCCGGAACGGGUAAGGAACUUACACGAGGAAUUUGUCCAUGCAGGAAGUGACGUAGUAGAAGCUUUUACGUAUUAUGGUCAUCGAGAGAAAAUGAGGAUCAUUGGCCGGGAAGAUGAAUUGGAGACAUUGAAUCUUAAAGCGUUAAAAAUAGCCCGAGAAGUGGCUGAUUCCACCAAUACUUUAAUGGCUGGAAAUUUAUCAAACACAACAUCUUUUGACCCAGAUGACCCGAAGACUGCAGACUACUCUCGACACAUAUUCAAGGAACAAGUAGAGUGGGCGGUUAAAGGAGGGGCUGAUUAUAUCAUUGGUGAAACAUUUAGUGAAAUCCAAGAAGCUCAUUUAGCAUUAGAGGCCAUACAGAAAUAUGGCAAUGGUCUACCAGCAGUAAUAACAUUAGUCCCAUAUAGUUCAAAAAGAACAGUUGACGGUGUUCCAUUUCCACAAGCAUUAAGACAGUUAGAAGAAGCUGGUGCGGCUGUUGUAGGUAUCAACUGUGGACGAGGGCCAGCUACUAUGAUACCCAUGUUAAAAGAAAUAAGACAAGUUUGUAAGGGUCCAAUAGCGGCACUACCUGUACCCUUUAGAACAACUCCUAAAGAACAGACAUUUCAAAGUCUUACAGAUCCUGUAACUGGUAAGUCAGCCUAUCCAUUAGAUUUAUCAGCAGUUCAAUGUUCAAGGUCAGACGUCAGACAGUUUGCAGAAACAGCGAAGGAAAUUGGAGUUCAGUAUAUUGGACUUUGUUGCGGAAGCUCUUCCUUCCUGUUGCGUGAAGUAGCGGAAGUAUACGGAAGAACUCCGCCAGCGGCUAAGUAUUCUCCAAAUCUAGACGCAAGCUAUGUGAUAGGGAAAAAUGUAAGCAAACAUGCAUAUAAAGUAAAGCAGUAUAUGUUUGGCGAGGAUGAAUAGUACCAAACUUGAGAAAUUGUUCAUCUUAGGACAGUUAAUAUUUUGAAACAUUUUAUGGUAUGCCAAUUAAGUUCUUUAGUUCACAUUGAACUCAUAAUCUGAUAUCUUUCUUAAAUUAUUGUACUUCCUCGCGGUAUGCGGAGUUCUAUAAGCUCAUACUGAACUGAUAUUCUGAUAGCUUCCACUCACUUUGCAGGUCAGCUUAAUAUUGCUUUAUCUGUUUAUGCCGAAACGUAGCACGUUAACCCAAUUUCAUUCAUUUAUUAUUCUGUCAAAUUUUCGUAAUUGAAAGUAUCUAUGUUUACUAAGUUUUACUAACACGGAGAACUGCAUUUCUUAAAAUAAUCGUUGUAAAAUGCAUGAGUAUGACAUUAUUUAAGUAUAAUGAAUUAACUUCUACCUCUUUUACUAACCUGCAGAUGGUUCAACAAUUAACGCGCAGACAACUUGUAUGUAAUUAUUUAUACGAAUAUUGAUAAAAUCCAAUAGUUAUA